AUGAAGAUUGUUGUAGAAACUGCAAAAAGAUUAGUGUAUCUUCACGAUGAUUGUCAUCCCAAUAUCAUCCAUCGAAAUAUCAAGGCUGCCAACAUCCUCCUUGAUUUUAACUUUGAAGUAAAGGUUACUAAUUUUGGUCUUGCUAAGUUAUGUUCUAAUGUGACUAGAGGUGAUGUUUACACUAGAAUGAUGGGAACUGUAAAAUAUCUGGCUCUAGAAUAUGUUUCAAGUGGAAUACUAACAAAGAAAGCAGAUGUUUUCUCCUUUGGAGUAAUGCUUCUGGAGUUAAUCACCGGACGUCAACCAAUUGAUUCAAGUCAUACAUUCGUUGAUGUUAGUUCGGUAGGAUGGAUCAAGGUAAUUUUGAGAAAGGAGAAUUGCUUAGAAACAAUAGAAGGCAGGCCUACUAACACUCCUGAUGACAAGUGGAAAGAGAUAGAGGGAAACACUGUUACCAAUUUAUACUUGGCUAUGGCAAAUUCCGUAUUAUCAAGCAUCUCGAAGAAACCGAUAACAAAGAAAAUUUGGGAGGCACUCACUAAGUUGCACGAGGCAAAGUCACUUCACAAUAGGAUAUUCAUGAAAGGAGGCUCUAUAAUCUUCAAAAUGAACGUGUUGAACUUCUUCUCCAAAAUUUACCAGACUCGUAUGAUCAACAUCACAAAUAACAAUAUUGUUGAUCAACUUCGAUUUGAUGAUGUUGUUGCCACUAUUCUUGAAGAAGAAAGCAGGUACAAAAAUAAAGAUGAUCAAACGAAAAGUUCUAAGCAAGCAGGAGCUUUGUCAGUGAUGAGAGACAAAUCAACAGAACGUGGCUCUAGUGAGAGUCAAUGUCGUGGUAGAUCAAGGUCUCGAAAGAAGAACUUUACUUGUUAA